UGGUAUUUCAGACAGGCGCGCCUUGGCCACCUUCUCACCAGCGAGUACUGCUGACAGUGACAUGUAACCAGGAAGUAGCCAGUCCCCCUCUUGUUUUUCACCAUGAUGAGACUAGAUUCCAAUGAUGAAGUGUCCCUGUUUGACGCGGAGGAGGACACAGGGAGAAAGUCCAAGAAAAGCAGCAUCCGGCACCCGGUGGCGUCCUUCUUCCACCUCUUCUUCCGAGUUAGUGCCAUCAUUGUGUAUCUGCUGUGUGAGUUUUUGAGUAGCAGCUUCAUCGCCUGCAUGGUUACAAUAAUCCUGCUGCUGUCAUGUGACUUCUGGACCGUAAAGAAUAUCACUGGCAGGUUGAUGGUUGGCUUGCGGUGGUGGAACCAGGUGGAUGAUGAUGGACAAAGCCACUGGGUGUUUGAGUCGAGAAAGGGGGCCGGGAAGCAGCAAGCCUCCGAUUCUGAGUCACGCAUCUUCUGGCUCGGCCUAAUCGUGUGUCCCAUCCUCUGGGUCAUCUUUGCCUUCAGCACCCUCAUCUCUUUCAGGAUUAAGUGGCUGGCGGUGGUGAUCAUGGGUGUGGUGUUGCAAGGUGCCAACCUGUAUGGAUACAUGCGCUGUAAAGUGGGAUCCAAGACCAACUUAAAGAACAUGGCUACUAAUUAUUUUGGACGACAGUUUCUCAAGCAGGCACUGUCUAAAGAAGAGGAAACGUAGAGUGCAGCUCUUCGAUUUGAUCACAUGUUUGCAUUAUUCUUAAUGCUAUAGUAUUCUAUUAUUAGCAGACUUGUUACCUAGGAGAAGACCUUUUUCAAUUUUAAGUCAAUACAAAGGAUUUUGAUUUUUUUUUUUUUUUUUAAUGUGAUGCAAUACUUUCUGAUUCCCCACAGAGAAGUCCUCUUCUUGAUUUCCCCCCUCCACAGGGAGGUCAAAGGUCAGGCACAGGCUUGAUUCAGAGCCUUGCACGCCAGCAGGGCAGAUGGGGUCAGAAUGAGAUGAGCAUCUUCUAGAUGUGCUUCUUAUGUGCUUUACAGCCUCACACACCCCUGGACCAGCCUUUCCCCCUCUUUUUUGGUCUUUUGUUUCCAUUGCUUGUUACCUUAAUCUUGAUAAAAAGGAAUAAUGAAGAUUUUGAGAGAUAUUGUACAGACUUUUUUGUUUGUAUAAUAUACAGGUUUGUAAAACAAUGUAAAGUAUCCAGUGCAUUUGUAAAUAUGUAUGUAAAGUAACUGUGUGGAACAUCUUUUUUUGUGCAAAUACAUUUGUAACAUCUUUCUGAA